ACUCUGUCUCGUCUUCCAUUCCUCCUGGAAGCGGGUCCCAGGUGCUGGAUCUAUACAUAAUAUGCAUGCCGCAGUCGCUAGAUUUGAAAAAUCUCCGCAGUCGUUCCUUUGCAUUUGUUCCCACGUCAAGUGUUUGAAUCUCCGGGGCGAUGGAUUCGCUGGGAGCCAACAGAAAGUGAAGUUAAAGUGGCGGAGAAUUCAUAUCUGAGGAAAGGCAGGCGCAAAGGAAACGGCCGUAAUGGGAUGUGUGUGUUCGAAGCAGGCGAAGAAGCAUACAAAAGAGAGAACCAUUUCAGUGACGAAUCAUAUGGUUGCUCUCACCUCCAGCACUCUGGGUGUUCUGGAUCUGGGGCCUUCAAAAGCCCAGCAAAAAGAGGGGGAAAGUGAAUCUGGUGAGCAGAAAGAGUUAAAUGUGAGUGAUGAAGUGAUAAAGAGCAAGAAGUGGACCGAGAAAAGCGUCACACAAGUAGAAAGUGCAGAGAGAGUUGCAGAAGUGGAACCCAUGACCAUUAAUGCUUGGGAGCUCAUGCAAGGGCUGGAUGAGGAAGAUGGUGGUGUGGACCAAUCUAAAAGAAGCAGCUUGGAAGAAGAGAAGGUGAAAUUUACUCCCAAGAAAGCGGCUUCUGAGGUGGGAAAUGGGAGGCACAAUCAAGGGCAACAGCAGAGAUUCGGUAAGGAAAAUGGUAUGAAUGUACGGUCUGGGAAGAUGAGAAUGAAUGAGGUUAGUACUAGUAGUCCUCUCAGAGAACUGAAUGUGAAUGAUAAUUGUAGUAAUGGCAUAAGUCCUGAGAUAGGUUGCAGGGGGGGUUCGGGUUCUGUACCCUGCAAGAGGGUUUCAAAGAGGGGUAUGACUGAUUUGAAGGUUGCUUCAGCUAGAAGGCUCAAUUCCAAGAUUAGGCUUUCUAUGGACCUCAUCACAGAGCCCCAGAGUCCCCUGUUCAGCCCCCAAUUGGUGGCUACUUUGGAGAAGGCGUUAGAAAAUUUGAGUGAGGAGGAAUGGAAUUUUAUAAGGAAGUCAGAGGGGGGUUUUCAUCAUGGUGAGAAGAAGAAAUGCAAGGAUGAGGAUGACCCACUUGAGAGUUUUGAGGUAAAAUGCCCCCCUGGUGGAGCUGAUGCUGUGGUUCUGUAUACUACUACACUCAGGGGAAUCAGGAAAACAUUUGAGGACUGUAACAAUGUGAGAGAUACCCUGGCAAGCUAUGGGAUUUGCAUCAGUGAGAGGGAUGUCUCUAUGCAUCUGGAUUUCAGGAAUGAGCUUAGGAAGCUCAUGGGAAAACUUGUUACAGUGCCCAGAUUGUUCAUCAAGGGCAGAUAUAUUGGGGGUGCAGAUGAGGUUCUCAGGAUUCAUGAAGAGGGGGAACUGGGUCAUCUUCUUCAGGGGAUUCCAACCCAUAUGCCAGGUGCAAUCUGUGAUGGUUGUGGGGGAGUCAGAUUUGUGCCAUGCUUGGAAUGCAGUGGAAGCUGCAAGCUUGUUAAUGAGGAAAACAGAGUGGUAAGGUGCCCUGAAUGCAAUGAAAAUGGCUUGAUUCAGUGCCCAAUUUGCUGCUGAUGAUAUCAAUAUCCCAUUUAUGCACAGUGUUUUUAUUUUCAUGGAGGGCAUCUCGUCGACCAUCUUCAUGCUAAUGAAUUUUUGUUCUCACUUCAGUACCAGGUCAGGAUUGGCCAUAAUGCAGAGCUUCCACAAGAGUGGCAAUAUUCUCUGGCUUAUUCAGAUCACACUGUUUAGAUUUUUUAUCCUACUUCUGCAGGAGAAAUGAUUGUUGGGUGUUUUAUAUAGGAUUUUUUACUGGUUUGCACCUUAUGCAGCAUAGUACACAACAUGGUGUUCUUCUUAUAUAUAUGGUGUGGCAAAAUAGACUGCUACAGGGGUGGGUAUGUUCUAUUUUUUGUAUUAUUGUUUUGCAAAAGAGAAUACGAGAAGCACAUAUUUAAUUGUCUCA